AUGCCCGACAACAGUGAGGCGGGUGAGCCUUCGCCGUCAAGAACCACUUCGACUCAUCAACAUCACUACCAAUCCGCCUUGCCAGAUGCGCCACCUCUCCAGACAGAAGGACUCUCAGACCCAUCAAGACAUACACCAGAGACAUGGAGAAACGUACCGAUCACUGGGAGGGAUAUAACAAACCCUAGAGUUGGAGCACUACCCAUCACUCGCGUUCGAUCUUUACCUGCACGUUCAUCACAUCAGCCACAAUUCAUAUCAGCUACCGAGACUCAGAGGCCUCGAUCUGUUGGAGCGAUGAUUGAGUUCAGUCAUCACUUCCAUCAACGAGGCGAGCCAGGAGGAGAUGAUGACCCAUCUUCCACACAGUCUCUGAAUGUUGAGCAUGACGCUGUUGUGUCGAACAAUCUUGAGUCUUCGUCGACUCCUUCUGGAGUCGGAACGAGACUCAGGUACCCUACAAAACCAGUACACGAUUUGAACCUCCAUUCUUCAGGUAUACUGACGCCUCUUCUUGCACAUUCUUCGCCGAGUCAGGUUGAUUCACAAACUUCCUUCGGCACAAUAGACCAUGAUGAUCUUCCUAAGUACAUGUCAGCUUUUGAGUACGCCAUACGUCCUUUCAUGGAUGAACGUAUCCAUCCCGAAUCACAUCUCCACCUCCCUUCGCCAACCGAAGCAAGCACCAUGUCCGAAAUCGUCUUGUCUCCCGCAGCACGACCCAGCGAGACAAACGAAUCAGACACCAACGGCUAUGAUUCUGACUCCGAUGACCCCGAUCACGACCACGACAAAGUCCCCGAAGAUAGUGUUCCCUUGCACGUCAGAAGAGACAAUAAUUUCCGAACGCGCAUACGUCUCACCCACAUCCGGAUCCUACUGAUGCGCUGUCAAGUGCUGCAAGAUACGGUUUUCCUGAUUCAACACAAACCGUGGAACACAAACCUAAAACACCCGCCGUACUGGUACUACGCCAAGAUACGUCGCAUGGCAUACCGAGCACGCCAACUUGCCGCUGCUCUGCAAAGUGACGCCCUGCUAGCACGCUGCGAGUACUGGGCUGGUCGUGGCUGUGGUGGUACGCGGGACUACCAGCUUGCUGUUGAGCACUUCUCGCGCGCCAUUAAACUCGAUGUUGAAAAUGAUGAAGCGAAAAACGGCAGACUCGUACUUCGCGGUCUACGACCAGAUGAGAAGGAUGACGUCGAUUUCUUACUACAAAGUGUAAUGACGCGAUGGUCAACCUGGCAAGCAAACUGCUUCAGAUUCCAGCUUUUGGCUGAGAACGAGGCGGAGAGAACGGGUCAUUCGAUACAAGCUUGUAUGGAAGGUAUUAUACCCGAUGUUACUAGCCCCGUGUGGAUGCCGGAUCGAGAUCGCAUUAUGGCAAUAGCGAAGAGGGAGUUCGGCAUGCGGAGGCGACUGGGGCUGAGAGCGGCGUUCUUGGAGAAAGAUGACGAAGAGAAGAUCGGAAGAGAGGUUGAGGAGCAGGUGAGUGAGGAGUGGGAGUUCGAAUGCAUCGGGGAAAGGGAGGGAUGCAAAAGAACGCUGAAUGAAGCGGAGUGGUGGUACAUCAGACAUGGGGAUAGCAUGACGAGGAAAGAACAGAUACCGGAGUAUGAUUCUGAGCCUUGGGAAGCCGAGGAAAGAGCACUGAGUGUAGAAAGCCAGUCUUCGUUUUCGUCAGACCUUCCUUCGGAGCCAUUGUAUCACGGGAGCAGCCCGCCUGGUUUUUCCCCAUCUACAAUGUCAUCGACAUCGGAAAGCGACCACAUAGAGGAGCAGCAGCCAGAGGAGAAUCCGCUGGGCCGGGAACUAAGACAAGCGGGAUGGAGUAGUCCAUCUAGACGGAGAUCUGCCCGAAGAGGGUCGUUGUCUCCACCACCACCAAGUCGUCUCGGCUUGCGUCGUCAUCUCAUCGUUCCGCCGAUCAGGACGAAUUUCUAA